GCGAACUGUUAUUUAUUUCAUAGACAAUUUUGACUGAUAAUUAAAGGGAUCACGCGAGAUGGAUCCAAAAAUAUGAUGGAAUGUUUUUAGUAUUCGCGUUGCGACGUCAUUUUGAGGUGGCGAUGUGUUUUUUAUUAUUAGAAUGAAUAAUUAUCGAAGGGUAAUCCGAAUCUUGUUAGAGCACCUGAGAGUCACCUGCGCAAGUGAUCUGCGCACCUGGCAAUAUUCCAAGAUGGCGCCUGUUGAUAACUCUCCGGCAAGCAACAUGGGUGGUUUUGAGCUAGUUUGCUCCCUAAAAUCAAAUGACACGAUCCCGGUGCAUAAGUACAAAUCUACGAAUACUGGUCUAACUGUUGUAAUUGCCGAAGUUGGCGGCCCAGUGGUCUGCGGCUACUUUUGCCUCGCUACCGAAGCGUUCGACGACGAUGGGCUGCCACAUACAUUGGAGCAUCUCAUCUUUCUCGGAAGCGAGAAGUACCCCUACAAAGGAAUUUUGGACCUCUUGGCAAACAGAUGUCUCGCUUCGGGAACCAAUGCCUGGACGGACACGGAUAAUACCGUUUAUACGAUGACUACUGCUGGCAGCGAAGGAUUUCUUUCUCUCAUGCCGAUAUACCUAGAGCACAUACUUUAUCCAGUGCUUCAGGAUUCUGCUUUUUUAACCGAAGUACAUCACAUUACGGGAGAAGGUGAAGAUGCAGGCGUGAUUUAUUGCGAGAUGCAAGGGAAGGAAAACACAGCAGAAUGUUUAAUUCAUGUUGAAAUGUUAAGAGCUUUGUAUCCAGGACAUUGUGGAUAUAAGUCCGCAACUGGAGGUUUGUUAAAGAACUUGAGAGAAAGUACAACCAAUGAGAAAGUAAAGCAAUUCCAUAAAGAAUUCUACCGGCCAGAAAACCUUACUAUUGUCAUAGUAGGACAAGUUAAACAUACCGAUGUUUUCAAGGCACUACAUCCCUUAGAGGAGAAGAUUCUUUCAAAAGGUCCUAGAGGACCAUUUAAAAAACCUUGGCAAAGCCCUGUGCCACCCUUCACUGAAAGCGUAGACCUAGUAGUACCUUAUCCAUGUGACGACGAAGAUAAUGGCUUUGUGAACGUUGGUUGGCGAGGCCCUUCCGCUGUCACUGAGGUGUACGAUCUCAUAGGGUGCUCGAUUCUCUUGAAGUACCUCACCGACACAUCCGUCAGUCCCCUAGAAAAGGAAUUUGUUGAAAUAAGUGAUCCGUUCGCCACCAAUGUGACAUUUUCACUGGUUGAAAAUUCUGUAUCGAUAAUAUAUUUAAUGUUUGAAAGUGUACCAAAAGAUAAGAUUCCUCUGGUCAAGGAUCGACUAAUGAAAGUCCUAAAAGCCAUCGGCGAAGGUGAAACAAUGCUCGAUAUGAAAAGACUUGACACCGUUAUUCAUAGACAUAUUCUCGAAACACUGAGCAACCUGGAAAAUGACCCACACAAUGCAGUUGCAUUUAUGUUGAUCGGAGAUGUGCUGUAUGGGAAUUCAGAACAAGAUUUGUCCCAACGAUUGAAUCAAAUUGAAGACCUGGAGAAACUAAGUAAAGAGCCCAUGUCGUAUUGGAUUAAUCUUUUGAAAAAAUAUAUGCUUGACGCACCUAUAACAGUUAUCAAAGGAGUUCCCAGCGUGGAAAAGCAUAAGGAAUUGACAGAGAAGGAGAAAGAUCGCGUUGCAAAACAGAUCAAACUUUUAGGAGUGGAUGGUCUUCAUAAAAAGGAUGCUGAGUUCCGAAAGGCAGUAGAGCAAAAUGAGACACCGAUCCCUGAUGGAGUGCUUACAUCGGUACCAAUUCCCAACACUGAUUCGAUAAAUUUUCAUCAAAUCAAGAGUUACUCGACAGAUUUACCAGAACAACAUCCCAGAUUUGAUGUCAGUAAUCUGCCGUUCUACACUUACUUGGAUCAUGUUAAUACAAACUUUGUUUACAUGUUCAUCAUCAUGGAUACGUCUUCAAUCCCGAGAGAAUACAGGGCUUAUAUUCCCUUGCUCUUAGAAGCUAUUAUGGAGUGUCCAGUGAAAAGAGACGGGAAACUCAUACCGUAUGAAAGUGUCGUUUCAGAAUUGGAAGCGGACACAGUAGCAACGAGUACAAGAAAAGGCUUCGAAAAUACGUCCAGGUUUUCAUGUGGAGCAUACAGUCAUACUGCUAAUUUUAUGCUUCAAUUAGAGCCAGCUAAAUAUAACAAGGGAAUCCAAUGGGUUAAGGAACUCCUAUAUGAGACUGAACUUACAGUGGAACGAUUGAAAAUCAUUGCUGCAAAAAUCGCUAACGAAGUGCCUCAAGUUAAAAGAAGAGGGAGUAAAAUUGUUGUUGAUCUGAUGAAAGGAUUACUCUAUAAUAAAGAUAGUAAUCAUUAUGCUACGAACUUAUUACACCAGCAAAAGUUCCUUAACAAAGUAAUGGAACGGCUAGGCAACGAGUCCACGCAGAAGGAAGUCAUCGCAGAAAUAGAGACAGUUAGGAAAAUCUUAACUACUCCGAAAAAUAUGGUUUUAUAUUUGGCAAUGAACGUUGACAAACAAGCCAUGCAAGUCCCCGAUCUCAACCUGCAAUGGAACACUCUUUUUAGUAACUUCAAAAAUGUGGAGAAGGGCAAGCUUAACACAACACCUGAUUGGAAGUUGAUGAAUACGCCAGAGGAGGUGCCAGCAAAAAGUUGCGUAACUGGUCUAGGAUGUGUAGACUCUGCUUUCUUUUGUCAAUGUACCGAAGGAAUUAAAGACUUUGAGAGUCCAGAUUUGGCUCCUCUACUUGUUGGAUUACAAUAUCUCACUCAGUUAGAGAGUGCCAUGUGGCGACAAAUAAGAGGGAAAGGUCUCGUAUACAGUUAUGAUGUUUUCACUAGACCCAACGAAGGGCUUUCGUACUUAAGUUUCUACAGAGCAACAAAUGUCGUUGGUGCAUACAAAGAAGCCAAGUCAAUUAUUGAAAGUCAUAUUUCUAAGAAUAAAUGGGAGCGUCUUCUCUUUGAAUCAGCCAAGUCAUCUCUGAUCUUUGAGAUCAUCUACCGAGAGAAAACCAUAGGGGAUUUGGUUACUCAGUCGUUACUGUCGUACUUCAAAAAUGUGCCCCACGAUUACAAUCGUCAACUAGUUCAACGCAUAUCUGGUGUAACGAUAGAUGACAUUGCUCGAGUUACCAAAAAGUAUUUGCAAGAUCUCCUCGAUCCAAAACUGUGCAAGACCACUAUCGUUUGUCACCCUUCGAAAGCACCCGAAGUCGCCAAGGGCUUUAAAGACCUCAAUCACGACCUAACGGUGUACCAUAACCUCGAAGAAAGCUUCCUUAACGAGUCAUAAGUGACACGGUCCACGUAGCGAUUCAUUUAUGCAAAAGGAACAGCUAAUCGAAAGGAACCGCUAUACAAUUUUAAUGCAUUUCAAUUCAUGUAAGCUAUGAAGUACCGUCUGCCAACUGAACCGUUAUUAUUUAAUUAUGCCGCCCACGUUGUACUUUCUGUACUGAUUCACAUCAAAGAUAGACGACGCCACAUACUAAGGACAAAAAGAUUUGUACAUAUUCGAUGAAGUAUUACCGAAAUCAAGAAAUGAAAUCUCAAAGUUCUGCUUACUAAUAGCCAGUGCCGUUAAGUGACCACGAAGAAAAUGUUAAAACUUGACGAUAACGUUUCUAACUUAAGCAGAUGAUUUGUACCGUUAAUGUUUUUUCACCAUUUUGAUAUCUUUCAAACAUAUUUCAUAAGUGCACUCUCAAGUAACGAUUACUAAUUCCGCAUAAGUCUCCACUAAGAAAAUUCUCUUCGGUGAUAAAUCUAGGAGUUUAAAAAUGUUUAGUUAAAUUAGGUCAAAUACUGCGUAGGGAAUUUUGAAUUUUUUUAAUUUCCUUCCAUACAAUUGUUAGGACAUUUAGGAACAUUUGUAAUGUCCUUUUCGAUUUAACGAUACGUUGAACAUUAUUGUAUCGAUACACUAAUGUUCCCCCGAAACACCUGUUAUUCAACAAUAUAACAUGAACUUAUGAUAAUGUCUGAAUUUAUUAAUUCAUUGUCAGUGAAUAAUCGAGACACCGCCUAUAUAUUAACGUAGAGAAUUUCAUUCGUAAAUCUUACGAAGAAGACAGACGUCAACUCGAAAAACAAAAACGUACUAUAAUCGCGAACUUCUUGGUCGACCAAAAAUAGUGCUAAAUGUUGUAACCCGUUUUGAAAGCAUCUAGAAAAUUUCCAGUGAA